UAAAAAAGGAAAAAUUCCCAGAGUAAAACCCUAGGAGCCAUAUAUAUACCAUCCCAAGUUCCACUCUAUCUUUGUUCUCUCCUUCCCUCUCACUGAGUCUAAUUGAGAUUUGAUUCCGUUGUCUUCUCUACCUUAGCCGGAAAAUUGCUUCAGAGAUGACACCUGAAUCAAAGUGUUCAUCAAUGGACCCACAAAUUGUAGGCAAUGCUUUUGUUCAGAAAUACUACACACACCUUUACGAAUCGCCUGCGGAAGUUCACAGAUUCUAUCUCGAGAAGAGUGUUGUUGGACGGCCAGAUCUCGCUAAUGAGAUGGUUUCUGUCAAAUCACUGAAAGCUAUCAGUGAGAAGAUUAUGUCCUACGACUACCAAAACUCGAAGAUCCUGAUUCACUCUGCCGAUUCCCAACCGUCUAUAAAGGACGGAGUUGUGACUAUAGUCACCGGUUUGGUGAUUGGGAAAGACGGAGAAAGGAAGACUUUUGCUCAGACUUUCUUCCUUGUGCCGAAGAAAGGAAGCUACUUUGUGCUCAACGAUGUCCUUAGGUACCUGCCUAAAGACUGUGCUGGACCAGAAUCCACCACCAAGAAGGUCGAGGAGGGUCCUCAAGUGAUCGAGUCAAACGCCAAGGAGGUCGAGGAGAUGACUCAAGUGGUCGAGUCAAACGCCAAGCAGGUCGAGGAGAGUCGUCCUCAAGUGAUCGAGUCAAACGCCGCUGAGCCUGUAAAUGAAAUCGUGGAGGCGGUUGCUAUCAUCCCUAGCAAAGUGACGAAACCCGUGAGCGCCGAAGCGAAUGGGCAUGCGAAGGUCCAUGAGGAGAAAGCUGUGGAUGGAAAGGGUAACUUACCUAAAGCUGUGAAUAAAAACGGUAACUUACCCAAAGCUGUGAAUAAAGCUGUGAAUGGAAAUGGUAACUUACCUAAAGGUGUGAAUGGAAACGGUGACUUACCUAAAGCUGUGAAUGAUAACGGUAACUUACCUAAAGCUGCUGAAGCGAAACCUCAAGAAGACGCUCCCAAGAGAUCGUAUGCAUUGAUUCAACGUCUGAUUCUCUUAAACAUACAGGUCCAGUCUCUGGCUCAAAAUAGCGCUCCGUUUAUUGUUAAAGCCGCUCCUGCAAAGCCUAAACCUGUGGAAAAGCCGAGAGUUGCUGCUCCUGAGCCCAAAGCUCCUGCCCCAGUUGCUAAACGCGCUUCUGUUGAGCAAGCACCUCAGGGUGUUACCAUAUUCGUUGGAAACUUGCCUAUAGAUGCGACUCAUGAGCAACUCGAUGAAACAUUCAGAGUUUUUGGAGCAAUCAGAGAAGGUGGUAUCCAAGUCAGAAGCUACACGGAGACAAGAAACUGUUUCGGGUUUGUGUCAUUCAUGAAUGGUGAAGCAGUGAAAAAAGUCCUCGAGGCUCAGGAGGAAUAUCCAAUCAUAAUCGGAAACCGAAGAGCACAUGUAGAAGAAAAACGAGGCAACAACAAUGAGAAUGACGGGAGAGCCUCUGCGCGAAGCAACGGUAACAAUAGGGAUGAGAAUGGUCACAGAAACACUCGGGGCAACGGUUCCAAUGGAGGACGAAGCGGCCAAGGGAGAAACGGUGAGACUACUACUGGUGCUGCUAAAGCUUCUCAGAUCAAAGGCCAUGGCAAUGGUCAGGCCAGAAAGUAGAGUUUUUGAUUGAGAGAAUCUUUGAGAGGUUAUAUUGUUAGAGUGAAAAGCAUAUCAUCAUUCUUUUGGCGGAUCACAAGUCAACUUUUGGUUUGGUUUGGGAAUAAUUUGGGAUCACAGUUGAUUUUUAAUUGAAAGGAAAAUUUUGUUCUUCUUUGAUCGUUUUGGAAUUCUGCCAAAGAAUAUUUUUAUUUGUGUGUUGAGAUCUGAAAAAAAGCCGAUAAUGUCUUCUAGA